CUGCCUAGUGGAGAUGACACUUGUGUCAGAUGAGCGUGUUGGGCCUUGGUGUGGCUAAUCUGCUCUCUAAGGACAAAUGAGUUGAUCUCCUUGUGCCUAGGUUUCUCCUUCUACCAGUCUCCAGCAGGGACCAAGCACAUAGACAAUUAAGUUCCGGAUACGACUGUGGUUUCGUUUUUAAGCCAGUAUCGCGCGGCACAACUUCCCCCUUGCAUACUCGGGGUGCGUCGUGCUGCAUGGGAGGCUGCAGCUUUGGCGCAGGACGCGCCGAGCCUGGGGGUCCGUCCCCUCUCCCCACAAAUUUCAUCGCACCUGCUGUGAGAAGGUCUUGGAAGAGCUUUCGGAAAAUUGCUGAAGGAGAGAAUAUUUACCAGGAGCGAGAAAAGGCAAUGGAUCCAGCCUCUUUAAAUGUGCUUACACAGCCUGCUGCGCUUAAUCAAUUCCUAGCUGAGAAUGCCAUUGCUCAAGGCGAGAAGAAGAAACUCAUAAAACCGACCUCAAGCCACAAUACUAAAUUGGAAGAAUUAAAACUGCUGCUUUUUCCUCCACAGUUACUGAUUGACUGGAUUAACACAACCCUGAAAGAGGAACACAUAGUAGUUAAAAGUCUGGAAGAGGAUCUGUAUGACGGGCUGGUACUUCAUCAUCUUUUGGAAAACCUAGGAUCUCUCAAGCUGGAUGUUGACAAGAUCGCGUUAACAGAAAAAAAACAGCGACAGAAACUCUCUGUGAUUCUGGAAGCUGUGGCUAAGUGUUUGCAACUGGAAGAAAGUCAGCUGAAAUGGAGUGUGGAAUCUAUCUUGACAAAGGACUUACUGAGCACACUGCAUCUUCUGGUUGCAAUGGCAAAGCACUUCAAACCCAGCCUGGCCAUGCCUCCAAAUGUUCAAGUGGAAACAAUCACCAUUGAGAACACCUCCAGAGGAUUAAAGACAGCAAAUGCGGUGGAAUACAUCACAGAAAACAAGGAGAGUUUAGAAGUGCAGUCAAAAGAUGAUGCCUUUGAUGAAUUAUUUAGCCGUGCUCCAGAUAAACUGGAUGCUGUAAAAAAGGUAUUUUUGCAAUUUGUCAACCAGCAUGUUGGAAAAUUAGGAUUAAAUGUGAAAGACAUCGAAUCUCAGUUUGCAGAUGGAGUUAUCUUACUUCUGUUAAUUGGACAACUGGAGGGUUACUUUCUGAACUUAAGGAAUUUUUUCCUGACUCCAGCCAGCACCACGGAGAUGCUUCACAAUGUUAACCUUGCACUAGACUUGCUGGCAGAUGGAGGUCUUCUGAAUUUUUCUGUGAACUCUGAAGAUAUUGUGAAUGGAGAUGUGAAGACUACAAUGCGGAUUCUGUAUUGCUUGUAUUCCAAAUACAAGACCAAAGAAACAUGAAGAGCAAGGCCAAGAGCUUUGGCGGGGUUUUUUGUUGGUUUUGUUUUGGGUUUUUUUUUUUCUCCUACCAUGUCAUGGUCUGAUUUUUGGAUUCCCAGCUCUAUUUGCUACUGUUUAUGUGCUUGCACUUGUGUUUGACACUUGCUGUAUUAACAUUGUAUAUGCAAGCAUGUACUCAUGCAAUGUUUCACAUAUACAGACUGAGUCACUGUAAGUAUGUGUCUGGAGGUGAAUUGGGAAGCUGUUAUUGCAACCUCCCCGCUUUCCUACUUCUAAGUCACUCUGAAAACCAGAGUGGUGAAAGACCCACCUUGGCAUCUCUGGGGAGAUGGCAUUCAAAACCUUCUUUAGACAGGCAGCCAGCUGUCGUCAGACAAAAGGAUAUGGAUUGGACACCAAAUGAAUAGGCAGCACAAAUGAAAUCUGAACACAUCAAGUGCAUGAUAAAAGUUUCACCAUCUGCCUGCUCGAAUAUGGAAAAGGGACUCAGAACGACAUGCUGGCAUGAGACUGCAGUGGCAGAGGGAUCUCCUGCACAGCUGUAGAAAGAUGCCCUUAUUCCUUGCUAAGCUAAUGCCAAACUGUGGUCAGCUCCAGCCUGUUGCAGCACUAAUGUGAUGUCAGACUGGUGGGAAUGCUAAUUCCUGUGUCAGCCGUGUUGUAGGAAUGACUAACAUGAGUGCUUUCUCUCCGAUAGGAGGUGGUUAGAUACUGGCUUCCUCUGCAGCUGGUAGAAGCAGAGCCCAUCGUGAACGGGAGUAGUGAAGCUCUCGCCUUCUGCUACUUCUGACAACAUACUUGUGCUGUGGGGACUCUCAAACUCCUCUGACACUCUCCUAGCUGGAUUAGUCAGUCCAGCGACUGUCCCCAGGCAUCCCAGCAGCUCCCUCUGGAUGCAGUGAGGCUAGCUGCUCUCUGUGUUACCUGUCACCCUUGGUCUUUCUCAGUGGUUUUAAGUCAGAACUCCUUCAAGCCCUCAGUCUACUCCCUUAACCUUAAAAUUAUGUCAUGUUUGUGUUGCAUAAAGCUUGAGAUCUAAUUAAAAAAAAAGAGAGGUUUUGAUGAUA